GUGGUUAUCAGUCACCACCUGACAGUGCUCCGGUUUUCGUAUCGUCUUUCGUGCAGAAGAGUUCAGCUCAGCCAACCAACAAUGUCCGCCCUGAAAGUAUUCAUCUUCGUUGCCCUCUUCGCCGUGGCCUACUGCGCCCCCAGUCCCGGCUUCUUUGGCAAACAUGAGCACCACACGAUCCACGUGCCGUACAAGGUGCACACGGUGCACCACCACCACGUCCAGAAGGUCCACGUUCCGGUGGUGAAGCACGUGCCGGUGCCCAUCUACAAGGAGGUUCCCGUCCACCACGUCCACCACGAGGAGAUCCCCGUGCCGGUGCACCACGUCCACCACGAGGAGGUGCCCAUCCACCAUGUCUUCGACGACCACCACGACCACCACGGCUGGAGCUCCCACCACGGACACGGCUGGCUGUAAGCCACCCGUUGGCCCGAUUGUCCUCCAACCCACCCACUCAGUCAGCCAGUUCAAUAUAAACCAGCCUGUAAAUAUUGUACAAUGCUUAAGUUAAUGAAUGUAAAUAAAAUCACAA